ACAUUUUUUUAUCUCCCACUCCGCUUCGUGUUUCAAGAUUUAAAUUCUAACAAAAUAAACGUCAUUGUGAAGUUCAAACUCUAACUUCUUAGUCUUAAGUGUAAAUACAAUGUAGUUAUCGAUAUGAAUUACAUUUUGUUUUCAAGUACUUGCUACAUUUCUACAUUAAAAUAAAUCUGUUCUCUUAGUUCACUAACGACCGUUUAGUGACUAGGUAUACCCUGAAGUCUGAAUUACUGAUUAUUAUUUUUAUUAUAAGGAACACAGAAAAUUUUUAAAAAUGAGUUUAAGAACGAAUACUAAUGAUCAACGGUUAAAGACCGGUGGAGAAGAUCACUUACUUUUGCAAGAAAAUUUAGUAAAAAAUGGCAAUACUUUACUAUCCAUGAAUUCAACUAUGAAUUCAAAAGUGCAACCAACUCAACAUAAUUCAUUUACAAGUGUUGCUUCUGAGCAAGUACCAGUACGUUUGACUCCUGCUUGGGAAGAAAAUAAUUUACCGAACGACGAACUUAAUUUUAAAACAUUCAGCAUGGAUGACGCUGUAUUAGAGACUGACCCUCCAAAAGACAGAUGGAAUAUUGUGUAUUUGAUCUUAGUUUUACACGGAAUAGGAAUAUUAAUGCCUUGGAAUAUGUUUAUAAAUGCAAAAUCUUAUUUUGUGGAUUACAAGUUGGGGAGUGAUUAUUUAGGUCAAUAUUUGCAUUAUGCAUCUAUUUUCAUGGCUUACUUGACUAUUGGCUCACAGCUACCUAGCCUUCUAUUCAAUUGGCUCAAUAUAUUUUGUCCAAUAGGCGGAAAAUUGACAACUCGAAUUGUAUGGUCUAUUCUUACCGAGGUGCUUUGUUUUGUUUUUACUGUUGCAUUGGUCAUGAUUAAUACCUCUCAAAUGCCAGCUUUAUUUUUCUGGUCAACUCUGGGCAGUAUAGUAUUAUUAAAUAUGGCAAAUGGUAUUUACAAUAAUUCAGUUUUUGGAAUGGCAGCUAAACUCCCUACAAAAUAUAUUGGUGCUGUAGUACUUGGUACAAAUUUAAGUGGUACAUUUACAUCUAUCGCAAACAUUGCAUCAAUUUCAAUUACUCCAGAUGCUCGAACUGCUGCUAUAUAUUAUUUUACCACCGCACUUUUUGUGUUGCUUGCCUGUUUUGAUACAUAUUUUGCAUUGCCAUUAAAUAGAUUUUAUAAGUAUCAUGAACUCAUUUAUCAACGACAAAUUGAAAAUCAAGAUUCUAAACAAGGUGGAGAAGAUGAUAAAAUUCCUUAUUGGCGUAUUUUUAAACAAGCCAGUCCACAGUUAAUUAAUGUAUUUUUUGUAUUCUUUGUUACUCUUACAAUAUUUCCAGCGGUUCAUUCAGAUAUUAAAACAUCAAAUAAAGAUUUUAUUUUUGGAGAUACAUAUUAUACCAGUGUAAUGUGUUUUUUGACAUUCAAUGUAUGCGCACUUAUUGGAACAUAUCUUUCUACAUUGGUUUCAUGGCCAAAGCCAAAAUGGCUUUUUAUUCCUGUGGUGCUGAGAGUUAUUCUUAUUCCAUUAUUUUUGGUUUGUAAUUACCACCCAAUUGGUGUUACAAGAGUAAUGCCAGUACUAAUAGAAAAUGAUUAUGUAUUUUGGGCAUUAGGAGCAAUCCUUGGAUUAUCUAGUGGUUAUUACAGUUCUGUAGCGAUGAUGUAUACUCCAAGCUGUGUUGAACCAAGGUACAGUGGCGUUGCCGGUAUGUUUGGAGCUGCUAUGCUGCUCACUGGCAUUUGUAGUGGGAUACUCUUCGGAAUGAUAACACCAUUUAUUGUACAACACGUAUCAAUAUAAAAAUAUAUUAAAAUGUUUAAAAACUUUUUCAUAUUUAAUAAUAGACCUAUUUUUAUGCAUAUUGUAUUUUAACAAAUCAGACAUUGAUAAUAAGUAUGUUAAUUUGGUAUAGAUACAGGCGCAGAUCAAAAUAACUUUUAUAGGAAUGGAGCUAAAACGUACAGCCCAAUAGGCAAUAUUAUUUAUACCUACCUAUUAUAUACUUUUCUUAUCGUCCAUAAUAAUUUUAAAUAUUUAAGUAAUAAUUUUUAGUUAAUGUUGUUUUGAGUUGUCAUAAUUUUGAAGAUAUACGCCUGUAAAUAGGUGUCACAGAAAUGUUAACUGAAUGAAAAAUUAAAGAUUUAAUAUGAAGCCCUGUGAUAGGAUAAAUCUUUAAUCUUUUGUUCAUUACUUUUUCUUAGACAACCCGUAUUAGUUGCUCAAUUAUUGUACAUUAAGUAUCAUAUUUCAUUUAUAACAUAAUAUAAUGAUUUGAGCAAGUAAAAUUGCAAUAAUCAUAUUAUAAAAGUGUUUAACUUCGCAAAAACCUAGUACCUAGAAUAUAUACAUAAGACUAAAACAAAAACGUUUGUAUUGUAUUUAGAGUAAAAUAUUUUCUAUACACAUAGCUGAUAUUAAAAUUAAAACGUUAUACUUUUUUU